CUAGAUUCCAAGUUUAAGAUCCCAAUCACAACCUCUUUGCUGGAAGGAAUCGGGCCAACUCUCUCUCUCUCUCUCUCUCUCUCUCUCUCUCUCUCUCUCUCUUGCGAGAGAAUAAAACACACCCAACGGCACUCUCCAUCACCUUUUCUAGCAAAUUAUCAAAACUGUCUCAGAUGCAUCGGCCGGAGAGCUACCCUGGGAUCCCCCGCAGAAUCCGUGGCAUUCUCGAACCAUCCGUCUCCGGCGGCUCUACUUCGUCGGAAAAUGGUUACCAGAAGCUAACGAAGGUUCUCGUCAAUGUCACGGUCGAACGGAGCUUGGGACCUGUUCAUGUCCUGUUGUCGCCGGAGAAAACUGUCGAAGAUCUGAUUAAAGCUGCUUUAGAUGUUUACUUGAAAGAGAAGAGAAGAACGUCUUUGACUGAAUCCGAUCCUCACUGUUACGAGCUUCAUUACUCCCAAUUCGCCUUGGAAAGUUUGAAUCCGAAGGAGAAACUGAUAAAUUUGGGAUCGAGAAAUUUCUUUUUAUGUUCAAAGCGGACAAACCCAGUCAAUUCAUCCUCUUCCGAACAAACGAAGAAGGCAUCUGCUAACAAGUAACCAUUUCCAUGGAUGAGGCUCGUGCCUGAAGUUGAUCACUCGCAGUACUUGCAGACAUUCCUCGGUGCUCAAUUCAUUGAUCCCCAGUCCCUACCAGCUCAAUUUUGGCUGCAGCUUCUGAGAAAUACAUGAUUAUCUACCGUUUACCCAUUCUUAAGGCCUCGAUUGCGGUGCUCAUCAAAUCCAUAAAGAACAAUGUGCGAAUAGUUCGUGAGAGUUCGGCGAUUUUAGAUAGCUUGGAUCGUAUAUCAUUAUAGAAUCUGAUAACUUGGAGCCUUUGUUAUUCAUAAUGUAAUUCAGAAUUCAAGUGUUUUCAAUAA